AUGUCUGACGAAGACUGUUUCGUGGAAGGUUCAUGUAAAGGUCUUACUUGUAAAGCUGAUAUGCUUAACCCAUUUGAAUGUUACUGUUUAGGAUGGUCAACUACGGGCAGUUUGAUUACUGCACGAUACAUACACACAGCAUCCACAUUACCAAAUGGAAAAGUCUUAAUUGCUGGUGGAUAUAAUGGGUCUCCAUUGAAUAGUGCAGAAGUGUAUGAUCCAUCAACAGGACUCUGGACAGCUACCGGCAGCAUGAAUACUACACGGCAGUGGCACACAGCAUCCACAUUGGUAAAUGGAAAAGUCUUAGUUGCAGGUGGAUAUGGUUUGAAGAAUGCAGAAUUGUACGAUCCAUCAACAGGACGUUGGACAAAUACUGGAAGCAUGAAUACUCCGCGAUACGGGCACACAUCAUCCCUUUUGGCAAAUGGAAAAGUCUUAGUUGCAGGUGGAUAUACUUCGAAGAGGCAAACAGCAUCCACAUUAGCAAAUGGAACAAUAUUAGUUGCUGGGGGAGAGGAUAAGACUCGUCCUUUCCGUAGUGCACAAAUAUACGAUUCAUCGACUGGUCUCUGGAAAAAUACGAGCAGCAUGAGUACUGCACGAUCACAUCACACAGCAUCGGCAUUGAUAGAUGGAACAGUUUUAGUUGCUGGUAGAACGACAUAUGGAGAAGUGUACGAUCCAUCAACAGGAAUCUGGAAAAAUACGACUGGUGUAAUUACUUUACGAUAUCUGCAUACAGCAUCCACAUUGGCAAAUGGAGCAAUAUUAGUUGCUGGUGGAAAUUAUGGUGGCUAUGCUCUCGGUAGUACAGAAAUAUAUGGAUAA